CACCAAGUGUCCAGUCACAUUAAAGCGGGAGACUUUCGGGACAAGGCCAGUAUCUGAUUCAGUUGUGGGCAGGAAGUUGCUGUUGAUAAUUUGAGAGGAGCAGCGGCGCACACUGCGUGUUUCUACAGAAAAGAUGCAAGCCAUUCACAUCGUGCUGUUGUUCUGCUUGCUGGGCGGCCUGGAUGGAGCUCACUUCCUGGCAUUCUUCCCUCUGCACGGGCGGAGCCACUGGAUCCUGGCACAGAGCUACCUGCGAGAACUGGUCGCCAGGGGGCACAAGGUCACCUUCGUUACGCCCUUUAAGAGUGAAGGCCACACAGAAAACUGGCGUGAAAUAAUCAUUCCUGACACGAGGGAUACGUUUGGUACAGGUUCAGUGAAUAUGUUUCAGUUAUCUGUGGUCAAUCCAUUCAUGGGACUGUUCUUCCUUUCAAAUUAUGGAAUACGUUCCUGUAAUUUAAUCCUUGGAGAAGAGGAAAUCCAAAAACUAUAUAAAUCCAAUGAGAAAUUUGAUGCUGUUAUCACUGAAGAUUUUUAUCAAGAAUGCUACCACGUAUUUGCAUUUAAGUUCAAUGUGCCUCUGAUCCAGAUUGUUCCAUAUGAAGGACAUCAGUGGGUUGGUGACAGGGUGGGCAAUCCAUCAGAAAUUGCUUACUUUCCAGAUCCUCUCUUCGCUUACUCCGACCACAUGGAUUUCUUUCAGCGGCUUAACAAUGCUGUGUUUGGAACAGUGGGAAGGCUUUUUCGACAAUGGUACAUACUGCCAGGCAUGGAUGCUGCAGUUCAGAAACGUCUCAAUGAUUCAGCAAUUCCUAGUUUGGCCACCUUGGAAAAGCAAACGUCAUUGAUGCUCAUUAAUUCCCAUAUGAGCAUUGGAUAUAUAAGACCACUAGUGCCAAAUAUUAUAAUGGUUGGUGGCAUGCAUGUAAAGCCACCAAAGCAACUUCCAGAGGACUUGAAGAAGUACCUUGAUGAAGCAAAAGAAGGAGUGGUAUACUUCAGUAUGGGGUCAAAUCUAAAAAGCACUGAUAUGCCAGAAGAGAAAAGAGCAGCUUUCUUAGGAGCAUUCUCCAAAAUAAGACAGAGGGUGCUAUGGAAAUGGGAGGAUGAUAACCUUCCCAAUAUUUCACCAAAUGUGAUGAUUAGUAAAUGGCUGCCACAGUCAGAUAUUCUUGCUCACAAGAAUGUAAAACUGUUUAUUACACAUGGCGGGCUUCUUAGCUCCUUGGAGGCACUGCAUUAUGGUGUUCCUUUAAUUGCAAUUCCAAUUUUUGGGGACCAGAUGCUCAACGCAGACCGUGCAACGAAAACAGGUUAUGCAGUCAAGCUCGAUUUUGCAAAUGUUACAACAGAAUCAGCGCAAUGGGCACUAUCAGAAAUUUUAGAAAACCCAAGAUACACAGAGAAGGCAAAAUUUUUGUCAAAACUUUUCCGAGACAGGCCAAGGCCUCCAAUGGAGGAGGCUAUGUACUGGACAGAGUAUGUUGUUAGGCACAAAGGUGCUCCCCACAUGAGAUCUGCAGCUCUGGAUCUGACAUGGUACCAAUAUCUGCUACUAGAUGUCAUUGCCAUGUUGUUGUUGGCAGUGAUUUCAGUGAUUUUUACGGCUGUGUUUCUAAUUAGGACAGUUUACAGACUUGUAUGCGGCAAAAGCAGUAAAGUGAAAAGUGGGGGGCAAAAGAAAGGUGUGAAAAAAGACUGAAACAUUGUUACAUUUCUGUCUGUGUAACACAGAUGAACUUGUAAAUAUGAAACUAUUAAAAUGUAUCUGCUUCCAUCAUA